AUGUCUUUGAACAGUGAUAUCUGGCUUCUUGUUUAUGAGAACUUGUACCAAAGAGACAAGCUAAAUCUCCUCUUGGUAUGUCGUGAUUGGUACUCGCUAUUCUUCCCCAAAGCAUACCAAACAAUAUCAGUCAAGGCCCUUCAGAUACCUCCUCUUGCUCGAUCUGUUCGGCAUAACCCUGGAAUUGGUACUGCAAUUCAAAAUUUGAGACUCAAAUGGUACCCGGAUUCAAAGACUCAGCACGAUAAGGAAGUUGAUGCGCUUGUGGAUGUUUUGAAGCAAGCAAGCGACUCCGAGGAUGUGGCCGAAUGGAACAAGGCUCUGCAGAAAGGUUGCCCUGACGCUUGGCUCGCAGUGCUUGUGCUUUCGUUGGAGUCCCUCAGAAGUUUAACCUUAAAUUACUCGUACUCGCCUUACUUUGUACCCUUGAUAGCGCGAGUUGCUGAUGGUAAAGUCCCGUCCAUGCCAGUUCUCCAGCACUUGCAACGGGUGACGGUCGAGGUAGACGAUAUGAAGGCGUACUACCUGGCGCAUGAACUAAUUCCAUUCUUGCGUCUUCCUGCGAUGCGAGUCUUCACUGCGGCCGGGGUGUGUGAAGAUGAACCCGAUGUUUUGUCACCAAAGCCGGGGGCAUCUAGUGUCACAAAACUGGAGUUUGGUGCUGUUGACACCAACAAUGGGGCCAACGGAUUUGCCAGCUGGAUUACCUCGUGUGCCGCACUGGAGGUCUUCAGCUACCAGCACGACAAUAAGGCCAUUUGGGGUGAAGUGUACCUGGACUUCCGCCCUCUUCUGUUCUACAACGCCCUUUGUUCCCAAAAGCAUAGCCUCCGAAAGCUUCGACUGAAUAACAACGGGGACACCGGGGACACCGGAUGCGAUGACGAGAGUGAGCACCUCAAGGGGUUUGGGUCCCUCGUCGAGUUCCACCGGCUGCGUGAGCUUCACGCACCGUUGCGCACACUUCUACAAUUCGGUUCAAGCGACAGUCCCAACGUAUCUUUGCUGGAGGUGCUACCACCAAGCCUGGAGAUACUCGGUCUGGGCGACUGCCGCGAAGAGGACUUCAAAAUAGCCAUUGAGAAUCUGCAAGGCCUGCUCGCACAGCGAGAGCGUUUCCCGCAUAUUAAACGGAUUCAAAUUCAACCUGACCACAGUCAGAUAAUGGAAGCUGCACUUCAAUACUUCAAACCAUUCGAAAUGGCCUGCCAAGAGAUAGGCAUCGUGCUUUGCCUCUGCAUGUAUGGCUGA